UCUGUCAGAUUCACGAAUAACCCGAAGAGGAACUCCUCGAAAAUGACCAAAGUGUCCUUCAGGUCGAGCAUCGUUGAACCGUGGGGCGGGAAAAGGCAAACGGUACUUAAAGCUAUUUAGGUCCCAACAAUGCGGCUCAAACAAAGCCCGCAGUGAUUUUAUUUGUGUGUGUGCGGUCUCGGUGGUCGCGUGCGCUGCCCUCGCUAGCCGAAGGGCUGGAUCCCGUCACGGCUCGUGAGUUCGGCGGCUCGCACCAAAGAUGUCCGCGGAGGAGCAGGGGUUCGCCGAAGCGGUCCUGGUGACCGAGGCCGGGCCGCAGUGGCUCCGGGUCGAGGUCGAGCGUCUCACCCGGGAGCUCCGCGAGACGACCGCCGAGAAGAUCCAGGCGGCGGAGUACGGGCUCGCGGUGCUCGACGAGAAGCAGCAGCUCAAGCAGCGGUUCGAUGAGUUGGAGACUGAGCACGAGACGGUCCGGCAGGAGCUGGAUCAGCUGAAGGAGGCCUUUGGACAGGCGUACUCAGCCCACAGGAAGGUGGCAGCCGACGGGGAGAGCCGGGAAGAGUGCCUGAUGCUGGAGUCCGCCAGUAAGGAGGCUCUCUUCCAGCAGAAGGUCCUGGAGUUGCAGAAUGAGCUCAGACAGGCCAAAGCCUCCCUGACGGGCAUCCAGGCCGAGAAUGACCGCCUGUCCUCCAUCGCCCUGGAGAUGAGAGAGGCGUCCGAGCUGGCGGAGCUGCAGCGGGGGCAGCUGCGUGACGACAUGAGGGAGUACAAGGUGCGAGAAGCUCGUCUGCUGCAGGACUACAGCGAGCUGGAGGACGAGAACAUCUCUCUUCAGAAACAAGUGUCCGUGCUGCGACAGAACCAGGUGGAAUUUGAAGGUCUGAAGCAUGAGAUCCGCCGCCUGGAGGAGGACUCUCAGUGCCUCCACAGUCAGCAGGAGGAAGCCGUGCGCCUGAGAGAAAUCGCAGAGCGACAGCUGACGGAGGCCCUAGAAACGAUCAAAACGGAGCGUGAGCAGAAAGCCGCCCUUCGCAAGGAGCUCUCCCACUACAUGACCAUCGGCAGCUCCGUGUACAGCGGCUCCUACAGCAUCUCCAUCGACAACCUGAAACUCCACGACGACUCCUCCUCCAUCACGGAGGCCGACAACGACGAUCUCAUCAGAGGCUUCGAAAACGGCUUGGCCAAGAUGGGUGAAGGUGACGGAGACAACCGAACUGCCGCGAACAAGAGAGGAGAUGCUUUCAAGCCGGCUCCGAGCCUGGUGGACGACCUGCUGAGUGAGCUCAACAUCUCCGAGAUCCAGAAGCUUAAACAACAGCUUUCGCAGGUGGAGCGGGAGAAAUCCGCCCUGAUCAACAGCCUGCAGGAGAACCAGAAGCACCUGGACCAGGCCUACGGGACCGUGUCUGAGCAGAAGGAAACGGUCAACCGGCUAACUGAGAACCUCACUGCAAUGAGGAAACUUCAGGCCAGUAAGGAGCGCCAGUCCGCCCUCGACAGUGAAAAGGACAGGGACAGCCACGAUGACGGCGACUACUACGAGCUGGACAUCAAUGGACCCGAGAUCCUGCAGUGUAAAUACACGGUGGCCGUAUCCGAAGCUGGCGAGUUGAGGCAGGAGUUGAAGACCCUGAGGUCCCAGUACGAGGAGUGUCGAACCCAGUACGAGGGGGAGCGAGCGCGGCUGGAUACCGACAUCCAGGAGCUGCGGUCCAAGUUGUCUUCCCUGGAGAAGAUUAGCCAAGCAGACAAAGCGGAGGUGGCUCGCCUGGAGAAGGAGCUCCGCCUGGUCAGCGAGUCGGCGGGAGAAUCGCUCGGCAGCCUCAAUGUGGCACAGGAUGAGCUCAUAGCUUUCAGUGAGGAGCUGGCCAAUCUCUACAACCACGUGUGUAUGUGCAACAAUGAGACCCCCAACCGCGUCAUGCUCGACUACUACAAGGAAGGAAAGGCCACAGCGAGAAAGGGACACGAAGGCAAGGAGCACCAGUCGUCCAUCCUUCUCACUAAUGGGCUGAUCACUGAGACUGAAUCUGGAAGUUCCUUCCUUGUGUCGGUCCAAGAGCAACGGCCAGAACCCAUGAACGUCUAUAACCUCGUAGCCAUCAUCAGGGACCAGAUCCGCCACCUGCAGCAGGCGGUGGACCGCACCACGGAGCUGUCGCGUCAGAGACUUGCUAAUCUGGAAAUGGGCACGGUGUCGGACAAGGACAAAGAGGCUUGCGUCGGAGAGAUCCUCAAAUUGAAGUCCCUACUAAGCACCAAAAGGGAACAGAUCGCCACUCUCCGAGCUGUGCUGAAGGCCAACAAACAGACGGCUGAGGUUGCUCUGACCAACCUGAAAAGUAAGUAUGACAGCGAGAAGGGGAUGGUGACUGAGACCAUAAUGAAGCUCCGCAAUGAACUCAAAGCUCUGAAAGAGGACGCUGCAACAUUCUCCUCUCUUCGAGCCAUGUUCGCCACAAGGUGCGAUGAGUAUGUGACCCAGCUGGACGACAUGCAGAGGCAGCUGGUGGCCGCUGAGGACGAGAAGAAGACCUUGAAUUCUCUAUUGCGUAUGGCCAUCCAGCAGAAACUGGCCUUAACGCAGCGGCUGGAGGACUUGGAGUUUGAACACGAGCAGGAGCGCCGCAACAGUGCCAAGGGCAAGACAAAGGCCAAGGGAGCCUCUUCCAGCCACCAUUAAAUCUAUCAUGCCAAGUGUCCUUAAGGAGGUUCGUCAGAGUGUCUGACAGUGUCCAUUCAUCUGGUUCCUUCACACUCUAAUCCUGGUCCAAAGCAUGUUGAUAACACAAGAACACAUUCAACAGUUUGUUGUCUGGGGGCCUUGUUUUAGAGUGCCAAAACAAGUAUGUAAAACCAUGUCGGACGCGCAGAAAGAAAGACUCAUCGCAUCAGCUGCCAACUGCAGUCCUCCACAAAUCCACCAACAAUAUGCACCACUACUAUUUUUGAACCACCGCAAGAAUCAAGACGUGUGUUUUACUAACUGCCGAUUGCUUGUGUAACCCGACUGUGCACUUUUGGUUUCUCACUCACUCUUAGGUGAUUCCUUGUUGUUUUUAAAAAACGUACUAAUUGUUUCAAGUAUAAUAUCAUGUUUUUUACCGGAUGUGCAUGUUUUUUCACCAGUUUCUUUAUGAUAUAAUUUUCAAUAGAUUUAUCCAUAUUUAUUUUAUAUAGUAUGCAGUUAUUCUCGUGAAACCAGAAAUCUGUCUUACUGGUUGAAACCCUGGAGAAAAAAAAAAGAGAUUAAUACACUUUUCCUUUUUGGCCUUAAACGUAUGGGUGCCUUUCUAUCAGCCCAUAAAGACUUUCAAAGUUGUCGAUAUUAUUGAUAACCAUUAAGAAAAAUGAUUCAAUGUUUUAUUUCCACUUUAUGACCCUGCUAAUAUGGAGUUCAGUUUUUGGAUGUUAUGUAUGAUUGUCAUGACUUAGGAAGAGUAUAAAUGCAAAUGCUUAUUUAAAGAUUUUUAAGUUAAGGUCAGUUAAUAGUAUUCAUAAACUUUAUUUACCAAGCAGUGUUUUUAAUGUCAUUGGUUUAAUACAAUAUUUUGUAAACCUUUUGAGUCCUUAAAUCUGCAAACAAGGCAGCAGUACCAUUUUGUGUUACAAGUGCAAUUUGCAAACAUGCUCGUAGAGGACAACUAAAUGUUUAUGCUAUGUAAAGAAUAUUGUACAUUUUGUUCACAUUGUUGCUCAUAUACUUGGUCCUAUUUGUUUGUUUUUACAUUAACUGCAAAUGUAUUUAUUUGACACGGUUCCGACUACAGGAUAUCCUCAUCCUUUUCAUUUUGUACGGGACAUAAGAUGUGGUGAUAAUGGAGACCAGACUGAACUUGUGGUAAAACACUAGCAUAUCCAUGGCUCUGGGAUACUGUCUAUAACAGUGAUGGUUGGAGAAAAAAUAAAUCUAACUUUUACAAUA